AUGAGCUGGUUUGCAAGAAAAAAGGAGGUAUAGUCCAGGAAGGCUUUUAACCAUAAAGCAAACAAAAAUUUUGUGUCUUAAGAUUUGGCUACCCAAAUAAAAAAGAUACCUAUUAAGCGACCCAAAUAAAAAAGAUACCUAUUAAGCGACCCAAAAGCUUUCUUCAGCUAUAGUCACAGAAGAUCAUCAAAUAAUCCAGGAAAGAAUUAUCAAAAUCAAUGGAGACCCAGGGACAAAAUCCUACCGCAAAGGCAAGUUCCUCGGCAAAGGCGGUUUUGCAAGAGUUUACGAAUUUUGAUGCCAAGAAUCCAAACAACUUACCGCUGGCAAAAUUUUGCCGAAAUCUGCCCUACUGAAAGCUCGUGCUCGUCAGAAACUUAUGAAUGAAAUCAAAAUCCACCGUUCCUUGCACCACACAAAUAUAGUUGGCUUUGAUCAUUAUUUCGAAGACGGUGAGAACAUCUAUAAAAUUUCCCUUUAAUAAGAAUUUAAUUUUAAAUAUAUAAAUUUAGUAAUAAAUAAAGGGAAAAAGGAUAUAUUUUAUUAGAGCUCUGCACAAAUCAAACGCUUUGUGAAGUCAUGAGACGUCGAAAGCGCAUUACUGAGCUUGAAGUACAAUAUUAUAUGCUACAAUUAAUCAAGGCUUUGCAAUAUUUGCAUGCCCAUAAAAUUAUUCAUAGGGAUAUAAAAUUAGGAAAUUUAUUUAUAACUGACCAAAUGGAACUCAAGCUAGGUGACUUUGGUUUAGCAGCUAAAAUAGAAUUUGAUGGGGAAAGGAAAAGAACUAUUUGUGGGACACCAAAUUAUAUAGCUCCAGAAGUCAUUGACGGCUGGUAAGCCUGACUGGGUCUAAUUGGCUCUACAGCUCUGCAUGACAGUCCGGCUGUACCUUGCAGUCUAGCUCUACCUCGCAGUCUGGCUAUGGCUCUACUAGACUGCCAGGUAGGGCCAGGGUGCCAGUAGAGCCAGGCAGAGCCAAGUAGAGCCAGACUUCCAGACUGUCAGGUAGGGCCAGUAGAGUCUGACUGUCUGACUGCCAGGUUGCCAGUUAAAGCCGGACUUUAGGUAGAGUCAGGUAAAGCCGAACUGCCAGGUAGAGCCAGGCUGCCAGAUAGAGCCAGUAGGGUAGAACCGGGUAUACCCUGCCAAGUUUAACCAGACGGCAAGCAAGGGCAUUCUUAUGAGGUCGACAUAUGGAGUCUUGGAGCUUUAAUGUUUACACUUCUCGUCGGAAAAGCUCCUUUUGAGGCUGCAGAUCUUCGGGCCACCUAUAAAAACAUCCAAAAACUAGUUUAUACCUUUCCUGAUCAUAUUCCAAUCUCAAAAGAAGCCAAAACGCUUAUUUCAAAUAUUUUAAAAAUCGACCCAACAACGCGCCCAAACUUAGAACAGAUUUUAGCUUCACCUUUUUUUACAAAAAACCCUAUCCCUAACUCCCCCCCUCCGUGAGUGAACAAAACCAUUAGAAAAAUGGCUAUUUUUUGCCCAAAAACCCACCCUCCGUGAGUGAACAAAAAGUUUUUUAAUAGAAAAAUUUUUAAGGAAAAAAAAUUAUAUAUAAGUGAUAACUAGUAUAAUGAAAUCUAGAGCUAAUUCUGUUUACUUUAAACGAAUUGCUUUUUAAAACAGUAAUUUUUAUAAAUUAAAUUAAUAUUUGCUUUCCAAUUUUUUCGAAUUAGGAUUUUUUUAAAUUUCGAAAAAAAAUUUUCUAUAAAAUUUUCUAUAUAAUUUUUUUUUAAAAAAAAAAAUUAACCCCCCUCCGUGAGUGAACAAAAUUUUUUUGUUCACUCACGGGGGGGAGUAAGCAGCUUCCUGCAAGUACUUUAGCAGUGCCUCCAAGUAAUUCAUUUUUGCAGCAAUUUAAUAUACAAAUUAAGCCUUCAAGAAAUAGUGAUGAAAUAAUAUUGGAGCAUGGGGCAAUGACGACAAGGGAAAAUUGCCAAAAAAUCAUUAAUUUUGAGGAAAGCGAAACAAUUAGAAGUAGAUUUAACCCUACUCCUUUGAGUACUAAAGGUGACUGAGAUGCACCAAGAGAAAGGCUGGCGGCUACUCCUACAAGCUUAGAAAGCGGCUGAGACACUCCUAGGGAAAAAUUCAGCUCGACACCAACAAUUUCAGAAAGAGGCUGUGAGACCCCGAAUCCUUCAGAAAGAGGAUCAUUGACUCCUAGGUCACACAAAAAAGUAGCUGUGGCGAGUAAUUAUAAUGGAUCAAGUAAUGAUGGUGGGCCAAAUACAUGAAUAAAAAAAUGAGUGGAUUAUUCAGAUAAAUAUGGGGUUGGGUAUAUGAUGAAUGAUUAUUGCAUUGGGGUUUAUUUUAAUGACGCUAGCAAAAUGAUAGGGAUUGCUAAAAGCAGCGGUUUUAAAUACAUUUCUAAGCAGUCAUCUGUAGAUGAAGCUGUGACAAGCUAUACUAUUCAAGAUUUCCCGAAGGAGCUGCAUAAAAAAGUAGCACUUUUGCAGCAUUUCCAAAAAAAUCUUUUGAUUAAUGAAAAAAUUGGAAAUGCAAAAGGAAAUGAACCUUUGGUUUAUAUGGAUUUUGAGGUCAAAAUAAUCAUAGUUUUUAUUUAGGAAAUGAAUAUUUGUAUUCACUGCUAAAAGAAUAUUAAAAAAUGGCUCGGAACUAACCAUGCUCAUGUAUUUCGGCUGAGCAACAACGUUGUGCAAGUGUUUUUUAUUGACAAAACUGAGCUGAUACUUUGUAAUGAUGGAAAAACAGUCAUUUAUGUAAACAAGCUCAAAGAGAAGCAGUCAUAUCAGCUAAGUAAGAUUGUGGACAGUGGAAAUAAUGAGCUUUCAAAAAGGCUGAGAUAUACAAAAGAAAUUUUAAAAAUUAUGCUUCAAAACCAAAGCCCUUCACAGUUGCCAGAAGAUAGUUUGUUUAACUAA